GGGGGGAGUUCCAGUGUAGAGCACUUAAUCAGACACAGAGAGGAGCGGUGCUGUGUGAAUGGGCGAGGGGGAAGAGACGGGCCUCAUUUACCCAACUCAAUCCAUAAAAGAACAACAGCCAGCCAGUCUUGCUGAAGGAUUAGCUCCCUGUCCAUGCUAACAUGGGCCUCCCCUCGGUGAUGGUGUUGCCCCUGCUAAUAGUCGUCGCAGCAGGGGUGUACUACAUCUACAAUGAGGUCUUACAGUUCAUGUCCAAGACCUUAGUGCGCAACAAAGUCGUGGUGAUCACCGAUGCCGUCUCAGGAGCGGGCGCUGAAUGUGCCCAUCUCUUCCAUAAGGCCGGUGCCAGGCUCAUCCUGUGUGGAACUACCUGGGAUAAGCUGGAAUCCUUGUUCGACUCUCUGACUACUGACUCUGAUCCAAGAGAGACAUUCGCCCCAAAGCUGGUGAUCCUGGAUUUCAGUGACAUGGACAGCAUGGAGGAUGUGGUGGCUGAGGUCAUGGAGUGCUACGGCUACGUGGAUGUGCUGAUCUGCAACAGCAGCAUGAAGCUGAAAGCCCCCAUCCAGAGUGUCUCUCUGGAGCUGGACAGAAACAUAAUGGACAUCAACUACUUUGGUCCGAGCAGCCUCGCCAAAGGUAUUCUUCCGGCGAUGAUGUCAAGAAGAUCAGGACACAUUAUACUGGUCAACAGCAUCCAGGGCCGACUAGCGAUCCCAUUCAGAAGCUCGUAUGCGGCCUCCAAGCACGCGGCGCAGGCUUUCUUCGACUGCCUCAGGGCCGAAGUGGAGGAGUAUGGGAUUGUUGUCAGUACCAUCAGCCACACCUUCAUCAACGCCUCCGAGCCGCCACCCGCCGCGGAGCCAGCUCCGAAACAAAACAUCCUAACCAAUUAUAUCGCCAACCAGCUCACCCACGGUGUGCGGCCUUCGGUCCUGGCCAAUGAGAUUCUGGAGACGGUGAACAGGAAGAGGAAGGAGGUUGUGCUGGCCCACCCCAUCCCCAGGGUGGCCCUCUACCUCCGUUCCCUCUUUCCUCCCUUUCUCUUCGCUGUGCUGGCGGCCGGAGUGAAGGACUCCGUGUUGGCAGAGCCGAUGCAGUAGACGAAGACUGGAGAAGAUGUGAAAUCAAGCAAAAAUAAUGUCGAUCUCGAGAGUUUCACACUGUUUCCUCUUGCUGCCUAACGCUUUCAGAAUUAUGGAUUGAUUUUAACAGACAAUCAUUGAGUGAUUACAUUAAAAACUGCUGGGUUAAAAAACACAAAUGAAUUUGGAUUAAUUUUAUAUGCUCACUGAAUUUACAUGACAUUGCAAAUUCAUUGGUAAAAGAGACCAGUUUCUCCUUCUAUGGCAACCAAAGAGUUGUUUGAACCUAAUAACUUUUAUGACUGAGCAAGCAAUCUUUAUGUUAAACUGUAUGAUUGUCAUUUUGAAUUUAAUUUAGCAAUCAUCAGCUUUAAAAAAAAAAAAAAGAUUUUAAAAAAAGCAAAGACAACAUUAUAAGGUCUUCGUUGACAAACAACUGAACUUUCUGGAACUUUCUUGGAACUUAACAGAAAAGAACUCGUGGGACGUCAUGGCAGCAAGGAACGUAUACAACUGAAAAUGUUUUGCUUAUGACAGUGAGGAAACUUAACUAAAAUAAACGAAUGAAGUUCGUUGCUUUCA